GCGGCUUGCUGUUCGCUCGUGUGUACGUGCUGUUUAGCGCAACAGUGGCUGUACGGGAAAACAGAAGGUACACGCGAAUAAUACAGACAGUGUUCUCUUAUAAAAUAUAUGUGAAAAUAAUAUGAAACGGAGGUGAAUUUUGCGGAUACGGAUGUCGCGGUGAGCUCUAAUCUUUGGACCAUCCCUGCCAUGAUCCCAAUAUAAGGAUUUUUUUCAUAAACAGCCUGGCCUCAGUCGGUUCACAAUGAGACUGUACGCAGUUUUUCUGAAGGACCAUUUACCAAAGAUAGAAUAUUAUUCAAGGUUUUCACCAUCGCCCCUGUCAAUAAAACAGUUUCUGGAAUUCGGAAGGGAUAAUGCGUGUGAGAAGACGUCUUACAUGUUCCUGCGGAAGGAGCUGCCGGUGCGUCUGGCUAACACUAUGAGAGAGGUCAAUCUGCUGCCAGACAAGCUCCUCAGUCAACCUUCAGUCAAACUGGUGCAGAAAUGGUACAUGCAAAGUUUUUUUGAACUUCUAGAGUUCGAGAACAGGAAGCCAGAAGACCCACAUGCCCUGAAUGACUUUCUGGAAACUCUCAUUGAGAUCAGGAAUAGACACAAUGAUGUGGUCCCGACUAUGGCCCAGGGUGUAAUUGAAUAUAAAGAGAAGUUUGGUUUCGAUCCGUUCGUCAGCUCCAACAUCCAGUACUUUUUGGACCGCUUCUACACCAACCGAAUCUCUUUUCGCAUGCUCAUCAACCAGCACACUCUCCUUUUUGGCAAUGACAUCAACCCAGCCCAUCCAAAACACAUUGGCAGUAUUGAUCCCAACUGCAAUGUUGCUGAGGUGGUGACUGAUGCAUACGAGACCGCCAAGAUGGUGUGUGAGCAAUAUUAUUCAGCUGCCCCUGAACUCAAGAUAGAGGAAUUCAAUGCAAAGGCUCCUCAAAAACCCAUCCAGGCUGUUUACGUUCCCUCUCACUUGUUCCACAUGCUGUUUGAAUUGUUUAAGAAUGCAAUGCGGGCCACCAAUGAGCUCCACGAGGGUAGUAAGGAGGGUCUUCCUCUUAUAAAAGCAAAAGUGACCCUGGGGAAGGAAGAUCUCUCUGUGAAGAUCAGUGACAGGGGAGGGGGUGUGGCUUUACGGAAGAUUGACAGGCUGUUCAACUACACCUACUCGACUGCACCCACACCCAGUCUGGGCUCGAAACGAGUGCCAUUGGCUGGAUUUGGACAUGGUUUGCCGAUAUCCAGACUGUACGCCCGCUACUUUCAAGGGGACCUCAAACUGUACUCGAUGGAAGGCGUAGGGACCGAUGCAGUCAUUUACCUGAAGGCUCUCUCCAGCGAAUCAUUUGAGCGCCUGCCCGUCUUCAACAAAUCUGCUUGGCGACACUAUCAAGGAGGCCCAGGAGCGGAUGACUGGAGCAACCCGAGCAAAGAGCCCCGAGAUGCCUCAAAAUACAAGGCUAAAAGAUAAUCGCACUCACCCCAUCCAUGUCCCACGGCACCUAUUACAGACCUACUGUCUUUAGUCUAGCUUCAAUUGCCAUGGCAACAUCACAUCGAUGCUGAGUGUUCUAUACUUGUAAGCAUUUCCAGAGCAGGAGAGCUGAUGAUGUAAGUGUCAUCAAGUCUCUGCUCCUUCCUCCUUUGUGCAGCUACAGACGUAAGAUGCAGAAUCUCCUUUUAGUGUCUUCCAGGGCGGUUAGAGGAAAGAGUGAGCAUUUGUGGCCGGGGUGUCAGAUACUUUGGUUCUUUCUUUUGUUUGUGCCACACAGUAGCCUCCCUGUUUCAUUUGCUAAAACACCCAGAGAAGGACGCCUGGAGUUUGAGAAGGUCAGAACAAAGGUUCACUGCCAUUCACAAGCACUAGAGAGAGUUUGUCCACAGUUUCUGUGACUACGGCUCCCGGUUUUUGGCAGUGGACUAAUGGAGAAAUGAUUUGAAAAGGCUCUGAAGAAAUGAAAAUAAUUUGGUUAAACUCAAAACGACAUGAAAGCUGUCAAGAACAUUCACCCUAAAACAAAAGAAAAAUCUGGAAUUAUAUUUUGCAGGAAGAAAAUUAAAUAUUAUAGUACAAUUAGCCUAGUCUUGUUUUGUUUUGCAUUAUGACAUUAAUUUAAUAAUGUGUUAUAUUUUAUAAAAGUAAAUGUGUGUGUGUGUGUGUGUGUGUGUGUAUAUAUAUAUAUAUAUAUAUAUAUAUAUAUAUAGUAAAGUAAAGUGUAUUAUUUUAAAUUAUAAAAUCAUUUUAUUGCAUUAUGUACAAUUAUUAUAAUGUAGUAUUUUAUUUAAGGUAUUUACAUAUUUGUACGUUUAAUUUAUACUCAUUUUAAUUGGGGGAAAAACUGCCCAGACAAGAUUAUUUUAAUUAUUGAUUAACAGUAAUUAGAAUUUGAGAGGAAAUUCUCCUGAAAAUGUCAUAAUGCAAACAAUUUCAUUAAUUCUAAAAAAUCAUUUUCUUAUUGCAAAAUUUGUUCUUCUUUUUCUUUGAAUGUUUUGGAUGAAAUGUGAGCACAUAUUUUUUAAGGAGCAGAGGAGUAUGCUGAUAAACUGAUAUUUCCAGGUAUGGUGGAAUGCACUUUUAAACUAAUCAGAUACACUUUUAAACAUGUAGUUUCAGAUAUUUAUUUAUUUAUUUGACCCCCAUUUAUUUUAAGUUUCCCCAAAGUUGUGCAUUUGUGUAGGGCUGUGCUGGUUCUGAGCUGGGUCUCAGUGUGAGCAGCAGCAGUAUAUUACCUAAAUCCACUUAUAGGUCAGCAAUACUGAACUUCCUGCUAAUGUAAAUGAAGAGAGACUGUGGUAAACUUUGAAGAAGAAUGCACAACUAUAGCCUAUUAUAGCAUUAGUGCUAUAGUCAUUAAUUAUUAUUUUUUACUGCUUUACUACCAUUAUAGCCACUGCAUGCAUGGUAACAUAGUUGAUAUAAAUAUAUUUGCUUGAAGACUGUUGAAACAGAAAGUUUAGAUGUUUAGACCAGCAACAUUUGAUUGAGAGAAAAUGCAGUUAAAUAUAAACUCAUAGAAGCAACUUGGCUGCCUUCUGAAUCUGAGUUUUAGCUUAAUAUUUAUUUUCAUUAUACCACUACUUCUCAGACAUUCCUUUUGAUGGAGUUAAUGUUUUCCAGAGGACCUCGUCUUAAAAUAAUUCCAGAUGCUGUUUGGGACUGUUUGAGUGCAGUGAUUCUAAGAAGAGGGGUUAUAAAUUAAAAAUUAAAUUAAAUGCAUUCAUUUAGCAGACACUUUAAUCCAAACCGACUUAGUGUUAUUCAGGUUAUAAAAUUUUACCUAUCAUGUGUUCCCGGGGAAUCGAACCCCCAACCUUGCGCUUCAUAGCAAGGAACCGAUUAAAGGAACCUAUGCUUAACUACAAGCUUAACUUUGCCCAGGCUAGUUAGCUUGUCUGUUACACUGUGUCCAAUUAAAAAAAAACAAAAAACACGUGUUUUAUCACUCAGUGAUUCUUUUCUUUUGUACGCACAAGCAUAGUAAUUUUUGCUUUUUGAAACUCCAUAAGAUGAACAAUUGUUUAGUGUUUUUACUGCAACACUCCAAGGUGAAUCUCAUGAAACCUGUGAAGAACAUGUCAAAAUCAUAUAUAUAUAUAUAUAUAUAUAUAUAUAUAUAUAUAUAUAUAUAUAUAUAAUGUGUAUGUUUACAUAUAUACACACACACACACAGAUAUAUACAUGUAAUUGGAAAUGUAUUUAAUUCUCAUAAUAUCAGUUUAAAAUAUGUCAGUUUUUCUUUAUGUAAAAUAAAAAUUUGUGUUUUGAGAUGCUAAAAUUUUGAUUUUAAUGAUUUUGUACAUUUUCAGGUUCAUGAGGUUCAUUAAAAUUCUGCAGGCAUGCUGUUUUUUUAUACAUAUUGAUUGUAUAUUUAUCAGCUGAUAUUCUGUUACUGUUCCACGUUAUAGAAUCUUUCCAUAGAAACAUCUACAUCUGAUAAAGGCUGGUUCGUGUUGUGUUUGGGGGUCUUCUUAGACGUCAAGGGAACAUUUUUGAUGACAUUUAGUACUUCGCGGUUUCUCUUGUUAUUGAAGUGUAGAUUUCAGUAUUUAUUUUAAAAUAUUAUUUGUAAAAUGGUUUGUUAGUUUUUAGAUAAAGUAUGCACUUUGAUGCCUUGAGCUCCAAGCGUUCAGAAGAGCAGUCUGAAGUAUGGAAGCAUUUUCCUGUGAAAACAAGCCUUCAUGGCCUUGUGUGUCGUCAUCAAGCUCAAACAGUCUUUGAUUUAGUCUGUAUACUCUAGUUUUUGCAUGCAUACAGUGUGUUAAUGUUCAACACUUUAGGAGAAUCUGUUUACCUACAAUGAAAACUCUUUCCUGAUAUUUUAGUGUUGUCAUGCAACCAUCUUGUAUCUGCAAAAUGGGCAUUUUUGUGAGACUUUAAGUGUUUUGGACUUUUUUUUCUUUUUGUUAUGACAAGUUAAACACCACUGCUUAUAGAUAAAUACUGUUCCAAACAAAAAAUGUGUUAGGUGAUUUUGUGUGAUGCUGACACUGACACACGAAUCAUCAUAAUGACGAUACUGAUCUAUUGACAUUCCAUCUGAAGUAAAAGAAGAACAAUAAACAGAUGUUCAACUACUACCAUCAA